CCUUCCACUAAAAUACGUUACGGAGGAUCCGGUGCAAGAAUUUUCUCUGCCGCCGUUAAUCAAGCUUGCAGAGCGCGCUCGUUGGCCGCCCUCCUUGGCGUGAUUUCGCUCUUGUAAUCAGGCUUUCGGAUCGUCAUGUCGAUCAGCUGCUAAUUCUCAUUCCGCUUGGCAACUUCUGCUUCUCCGGCGUGCAGCUUCAAGCCUCCGCCCCCUCGGUGCGCUCCCUCCCUCGCCGUGUGGCUGGCUGGCUGGCUGGCAGGAAGGAUGGGAGAGAGGGAGGGAGGGAGCGAGCUGCAGAUGAGGGUUAAAGGUGCUGCUGGCUGGAAGUUUGAAGAAGGUCGCCGCUGGUGAGCGAGCUCCAGCAGCAUCAUGGCGGAGCAGAGCGAGUCGCCCGUUCACGUCCAGCAACCUCAGCCGGCGCCGGCUGCACCGCCCCCGGCUCCUACUCCCGCACCUCAAGCCGCCGGCUGGCCCAUUUGCCGGGACGCCUAUGAACUGCAGGAGGUGAUCGGCAGUGGUGCUACCGCCGUAGUCCAAGCAGCGCUCUGCAAACCCAGGCAGGAACGCGUAGCAAUAAAAAGAAUCAACUUGGAAAAAUGCCAGACCAGUAUGGAUGAAUUGCUUAAAGAAAUCCAAGCCAUGAGUCAAUGCAGCCAUCCUAAUGUAGUUACGUAUUAUACAUCUUUUGUCGUCAAGGAUGAGCUUUGGUUGGUUAUGAAACUACUAAGUGGAGGCUCAAUGCUGGAUAUAAUAAAAUAUGUGGUGAGCAGAGGAGAGCACAAGAGUGGUGUGCUUGAGGAAUCAAUAAUAGCCACAAUUCUGAAGGAAGUUUUGGAAGGCUUAGACUAUCUACAUAGAAAUGGACAAAUCCACAGAGAUUUAAAAGCUGGUAAUAUUCUUCUGGGUGAGGAUGGCUCUGUACAGAUAGCAGACUUUGGAGUUAGUGCAUUUUUAGCCACAGGAGGUGAUGUAACCCGUAACAAAGUAAGAAAGACCUUUGUUGGCACUCCGUGUUGGAUGGCUCCUGAAGUCAUGGAACAGGUGAGAGGCUAUGACUUCAAGGCUGACAUCUGGAGCUUUGGAAUAACAGCCAUUGAAUUAGCCACAGGAGCAGCACCUUACCACAAAUACCCUCCAAUGAAAGUAUUAAUGUUGACCUUGCAGAAUGAUCCUCCAAUCCUGGAAACAGGAGUAGAAGACAAAGAAAUGACCAAGAAAUAUGGCAAGUCCUUUAGAAAACUAAUUUCCUUGUGUCUUCAAAAAGACCCUUCUAAAAGGCCUACUGCAGCAGAACUUUUAAAGUGCAAAUUCUUCCAAAAAGCAAAGACUAGAGAAUACUUGAUUGAAAAACUACUUACAAAAACACCCGAUAUAGGACAGAGGGCAAAAAAGGUUAGGAGAGUACCGGGUUCUAGUGGCCAUCUCCAUAAGACAGAGGAUGGAGACUGGGAAUGGAGUGACGAUGAAAUGGAUGAGAAGAGUGAAGAAGGCAAGGCCGCUUUUUCCCAAGAGAAGUCACGAAGAGUAAAAGAAGAAGAUGCAGAGAUAUCCGUGUAUUCCAGCAAUAUCCCUGACCAAAUACAGAACCUGUCUAUAAAAGGUUCUCAGGCACAUUCUGCUAUUACAAAUGAAUAUAGCUCUGUUCCAUGUGCUGUGAAUCUUGUUUUACGACUAAGGAAUUCCAGAAAGGAACUUAAUGACAUACGAUUUGAGUUUACUCCAGGCAGAGACACGGCAGAUGGUGUAUCUCAAGAGCUGUUCUCUGCAGGCUUGGUUGAUGGCCAUGAUGUAGUUAUAGUUGCUGCUAAUUUACAAAAAAUAGUAGAUGACCCCAGAGCCUUGAAAACAUUAACCUUUAAACUGGCUUCUGGUUGUGACGGUACGGAAAUCCCCGACGAGGUAAAAUUGAUUGGGUUUGCUCAGUUAAGCGUCAGCUGAUGCCAAAGCACCUGAAACCCCUCCUCCCCCAGCAAAAGGGUGUGAUUGCGAAGAGGCCAGCUUUACAUUGUGAAGGAAAUUUUUCAAGCACCACACACGGAGUUCCGCUUCAUCCAGUAGCACCUCACCAGGUUGGAACAAGCGAAAGCCCACCGCUCCACCACUCCUUGCUAACAUUCCAGAAGCCACUCAGUGCUGCUUCAGCAGUUGGGAUGGAUUUCCCUGACAAGAGAACAGACGGAUCGGAAAUGCACUCAAGUGGCUGCAUCCAUUGGUUACAAAAGGAAUCUGCUGCCAGAGCUAUUUCUUCUUUAAUUCAAACAAAACAGUCAUUAUUUAGUGGACAAUUCUGAUUCGUUGGUUGUUAUGUAGAAUGAACGUGAUUAUAAACGAUAGGGUUUAUUAGCCAAACUUGAAUUCCUGAUUUAAAACCAACUGUGAAUUCCCCCCUCCCCUUUUAUUUAUGCAAUAUAUAUCUCCUAGCUGUAUGAAAUUGGACUCCCCCCCCCUUUUCAUGAUUUAUGUGCUAGUUGCAGUUAAAUUAUGUUUAUUUAAAGGGAAGUAGAGAUUUCUCUUUGAAGUAUUUGUCACAAUCCCUAGUUUUGAACUGAUGUAGGCAUUAGUUUUGGGUUUUGUUUGGUUUGCGUGUUCCUUUAAGCAUCCCUCAUUGGAUUGUCAGUGGCGUGGGAGGUGCCUUGCAAAUAUUAACGUUCUAAGAUUGUGCCUGAACCUAUGCUAAACCAAGCUCAUCUCAUUUUUAGUCACACACCGUGCUUCAAUUUUCUGAGUCAUGAGAAUGAAUUAUUAUAGCAGAGACUCAAAAGACAAAUAAAUUAUGGCCUACUUUGUUGGGGGAAUCUAUAAGCUGAACCGUGUAAACAGUUGCCAUUAAGCUACAAUGCCUUUGUUUUACCCGUCAUGGAUUUGGUUUGUAAUUAAGAGAUAGGAAUUGUUUCAUAAUAAUAAAACUUGAAAAGAAUCUGAGCUUUACUUGAAAUUCUGCAGAACAUCCAGGUGGAGUGCAAAUAAUAAGAAAGGGCUUUGUGCAAUGAUUUAAGUGGUGAACGAAAAUCAAGAAAAUGAAACAAGAAGAAGGUGUUACACAAUAUUUAAACAUUUCUGACCAAAGUAGUCAUAAACUUAAUCUGUGGCAUAGAUAUUUUGGAGUUAGUGAUUUUGGAAUGAGAUUUCAGUCUGAUACAUUUUCAAAGGCGUGGACUUACUGGAUGUCCCACAUAAAACCAAUUCCUUGCUAAGUUUAGGUAAACGGCAGCUCUCUAACCUAAGGGGAAAAUGGCAAAUGUGUUAUUUAAAAGUUAUUUAUAAUACCUUGUCAUUAAUGUUUGAGGUGUUCUAGACCAUUGGCAUACAAUUCAAUGUAAUUUCAUUCCAUUCUGUUGUUUACACAAUGAUUACUUAAAGACUGACUGCAGAGGUAAAGGAAAAUAAAGGUGUAUUGCACAAAUA